AGUACCCUCUCUCCACAAUUAGCCAAUCAGCAGCGCGCUCUGCCAGCCAGGAGGACGCAUAAAAGAAGAACAUUGCAGCAGAGGCACAGAAGGAGACUGCGAGAGUAGCGAGGAAUUACGCACACACGCACGUACGCACGCGCACCCAUAGAAAAACAGCCGAACCAGAACAACCCUCCCCUGGACACACCCUGCCGAGGAUCACUGCUUCUCUCUUAUUUUUUUUCUUCUUCUUCUUCUUCCUCCUCCUGAACCGUCGCCCACGCCACACGGAGAGAACCGCUCUCCAUCACCAUCAUCAUCCAGAAGAAAACUCCUUUCUUCCCAUUUUCAUCUUUAGAGGAACACCUACAACCUCGGAGGGCUGAGAUCCUUUUUUGGCAAAGAUUGUCCUUUUUUUUYYUUUUUUUUUUCUUUUAGUUUUAAAGGGCCAUAUAAUAAAAAGGGGCCUAAGACAGAGACUCAGCUUUCAGCUUGAAGACCAGUGGAAAGGAGGACCUAGAUUUCUUUCAUUGUACGUCAAGAAUGGUUACUCAGAUAAUCAGCACCAUGGAAACGCAGGUGUCCAACGGUCCAAGCGGAACCAGUCUGCCUAACGGCCCAGUCAUCAGCACAAACGGCUCCACGGACGACAGCAAGACCAACCUGAUCGUCAACUAUCUUCCUCAGAACAUGACCCAGGAAGAGUUUAAAAGUUUGUUUGGUAGCAUCGGAGAGAUCGAAUCGUGCAAGCUCGUCAGAGACAAGAUAACAGGCCAGAGUUUGGGUUAUGGCUUUGUAAACUACGUGGAUCCAAAUGACGCAGACAAGGCCAUCAACACGCUGAACGGACUCAAACUACAGACUAAAACAAUCAAGGUAUCAUACGCCCGGCCAAGCUCAGCUUCCAUUCGUGACGCCAACCUUUAUGUGAGCGGACUCCCAAAAACCAUGAGCCAGAAAGACAUGGAGCAACUGUUCUCCCAAUACGGUCGCAUCAUCACGUCCCGCAUCCUCGUGGACCAAGUUACAGCAGGCAUAUCACGAGGAGUGGGCUUCAUCCGGUUUGACAAGCGAAAUGAAGCAGAAGAGGCCAUCAAAGGUCUGAACGGACAGAAGCCUUUGGGCGCUGCUGAGCCCAUAACUGUCAAGUUCGCCAACAACCCCAGUCAGAAGACAGGCCAGGCCCUGCUGACACAGCUGUACCAAACUGCUGCCCGCCGCUACACGGGGCCCUUACACCACCAGACUCAGCGCUUCAGUGUGAUCCCUUCACUGGGAAAGGGACCAGAUCCAAAUAACAGCUCAAACACAAUACUCGACAAUUUACUAAACGCCAGCUACGGAGUCAAGAGUUCUCCUGCUCUCUUCCCCAGAUUUUCCCCCAUCACCAUUGACAGCAUGACCAGUCUGGCCGGGGUCAACCUCACCGGUCCCACCGGAGCCGGCUGGUGCAUCUUUGUCUACAACCUGUCGCCCGAAGCCGACGAGAGCGUCCUGUGGCAGCUCUUUGGGCCUUUCGGUGCCGUCACCAACGUCAAAGUCAUCCGUGACUUCACCACCAACAAAUGUAAGGGCUUUGGCUUUGUCACGAUGACCAACUACGAUGAAGCCGCCAUGGCCAUCGCCAGCCUAAACGGCUACCGCCUGGGUGAUCGCGUGCUGCAGGUGUCCUUCAAGACCAGCAAGCAGCACAAGGCCUGAAAGAGAGGCUGCCUAGUACCAGCUCGUUCAACCCGCAGGGAGACGUACCUGAGCUCCCUGUCGUCACUCUACAUGGGCCUGGACUGAGUCUCUCUCUGACAUGAUCUCACACAAAUCCAUAAAGAAACCACAAAACACAGACGUGUAGACGCACACAUACAUACACACGCAUCACACAAAACAUAUCCAAGCAAAAGGUGAGUCAGAGUUUCAAACAAGCAACACUAGAGGAGUUUCUUUUGUUCUCUUUACACAACAUGCUAGUCCUUCCCUAUAUUUGCCUGGAUUGAAUUAGAAGGGGUACAUAGCUGGUUUUUCUGGGUGGGGGCAAGAGCUAUCUAUUUAGAAGACAGUCUAACGAAUGUGACAGAGAAUGUGUACGGAAUGCUUUGAUUGAAUUCAGGCAAAUAACGACAACUGAUGAACGAAAUGAUCAAAAAUCAAAUAUGUGCAAUUUUACCCAAACUCUUACCCCCCCUGCCAUCUCUCCAAUUAUCUUGCUGGAGGGGGAUGUAGUCACUUUUUUACACUUGGGCAUUUUGAAUCAGUGGUUUUUUUAGAUCAAAGAAAAUAAAACUAAAAAACAGUGUUCUCUUAUAUACGUCUAUUAAAAUAUUACUAUAUAUUCAAUAUUUAAGGUGGUUAUAAUAGCCGAGUAUGUAAGCAUUUUCUAGAAACUUUGACUACUGUUUCCUGACCUGCAUUAGGUGGUGCCUAUAGACUAAAGGCAUUUUCUCUACUAUAUCAGAGCUCGUUAGCUCAAACCCAACACAAUUUAGCUCAACGGAAAAUAACGGUCAAGAAAACGAGUUGUUCGAAGGCCAUCAGAAUCACUCUCAGACUCACAAUCUCGCACUAUAAUAGGACACUUCCCAGAAACACAGUUCAGAAAUCGCACAUAUUUAGUCYUCUAAAGCUGUAUUUCUAUUUUUUUUUUCUAAUCUCAUCCAAGCGAUAGAUUUCAUAGAAGCAGACUGUCUGUGAACUUAGAGCAGAACAGCAGCGCUCCCAUGGCGAUGAUGUUCAUUAGUAAUUCUCUGCUGGGCAAGAGAGCGAUGAGUGAGAGGGAAAAACGAUUUCAUCAUAACGCAGCCACAGCAGAGGAAAAUACCAGGUUUUUUUUGGUGUAUUUUUCGUGCUUUAUCCUGCCAGGGCCAGCGACGGCUUGGCGGGAGAUCCUUUAAAACUGAAGGUGUCAAAAGGUCAAGAGAAAAUGCAGAUGUGACGUUGAUACCUGGCAACUUAUAUUAUCCAUGAUUGCAAGGUUUGAAUGUUACUGUUCAUAGCUGCAAAAAAAAAAAAAACUUAGCUUGAAAAUGAUCCGAAGGUGWAAAGAAGCAAGAACACAAAGGCCCCAGUAUUGUUCUUCAGGUUAGUAAUGAAAUCGAAGCUCCCUGAACAAAUAAGGACAUAUUUUACAUUUAAGUAGCAUCUGCAGUAACUUGAGAUUAGAAGUCAACAGUUCCUGAUUGAACGUUUAAACCUGACCAGGAGUCAUAUCUGUAAUAGAUAUCUGUCUACGUAUCAAUUAUCACCGAUCCAUUAAGCGGAAACACUCCUUCCACCACGGUUUACUUUAARACCCUUCGAUUCCACACAAGCUUUGCAGGAAACGUCAAAAAACACGGCUGUACAACAUCGAGCUCGCAAAUUAAGUGUCGUAACUCGACUUCUGUUCGCGACAUAAGAAGUAUUUAUAAAUUCACUUCAGAUCCGUUUGGCACGAUCACAAAAAUAGCCGGUUUUAAAUAUCUCCUAACCCAGGAGCAUGAGGAUUAUUUAUGGCACCUUUCAUGGAACAAUAAAGGCCAACCCGUCUGGCUUGAAGUGUCUGUUACGCCCCAGACUUUUACGAUUCACCACGUGGAGAGCUUUGGUCUUUUAAUAAAGACAUCGGCACUUGAGAAAAGAUUAAAUAAGGUCACCUUUAUUCAAGUCAGUUUUGCUUUUGCUUUUCUAAGUGACGCUGUGUUAGCCAAAGAGGACGAUCUCUUUGAAAAGGAUUACAUUAAAGAUGAUCUAUUUUUAUACAUACAAAGGAAACAAGACCUUGUGCUGAAUUUUUACAGAUUCUUAAGCUUGGAAAAAUUGGGGCAUAGCAUGGCUUUAUUUUAAAACCCUCUGAUCUUUGCAGAGCAAGAGGAAUAAAAAAAAGUGUGCUGUGUUUGGGUGGAGAUUUAGGGAGGGGGCGAAGGAAUCGUGUAUCUCCCUCCAACUUGUCUAACCAUCGAAAUAGAAUGAAACUGAAAUCUGACAGGAAAGAAAAAAAAUCAGAGACACUCAAUUAAACAGCUCGGUUACGACCACAGACACAGCUACUGUAUAUCAUUGAGCACCUAAGAUGCACCUCCAUCUUUUGUCUUAAAGUUGUGCAUGGUGUCGCUUCGAUGACAGCACAGCAAAGAGAAGCUGUACGACUUGAGAAUCCCAGACAAAGCUGUGAGCGAGAUUGGCUCGUGAAUCGCUGCUUGCAAACAAAACAGAUUCAAAACAGYAAUGCAGACGCAAAAGAAACCCUGAGCUUAAACCUUUAUGAUUAGAUCAAUUAGAUCUUGCUUUGCAAGUCAGUACGGAGAAGGUUAAACUAACUAUAUUAUUCCGAGUAAUUGCUGUACAAAUUGAUGUUAUUUAUUGAACGAAGACCCUCUGCGAUUUGAGUUAUGAUUACUUUUGAACAUAUGAGUUGCACGCAUCAGUUUUCAUUUCUAAAUCUUAAAAAAAAAACACUAUACCAAAUGCUAUAAUCGAACAAAUGCAAACAAUCCCAUUUGCACACGACAUGCAGUAUAAAAAAAAAUCAUAUCGAAUCGAUUCACCUCGACCAUGAAAAAGAAAACAUUGCAUCCAUCUAAUGUAUUUCCCCUUACAUUUAACCCAUCUGCUUUGUAUUUAUCUUUUAAAACAUUGCGAAUACUUUGACAUCUUUUGAUCUGACUCAUACGUUUCACCCCCCCUGCGAAUUCUGACCAAAUGAUGGUCUAAUCUAGCUAAUUUGGUUCGAGCAAUAGCACAGUAAGACUGAGCACUUGCUGAGCCCUGUGACAGCCAUUAGGAACAACUGAGAUAACAGGCCACCCUAUAAACUGCAGCUGGAGUCGUUUACCCAGCCAUGUCCGGUUUGACACAGUCAUCCCCACACAAAACCCAAACCCACAGUCUGAACUAACCUCACACCUAUACAAAGACCCACACCUGAUGUACGGCAGAGAGCCAAGGACUAUGGCAGGAAACAGUACUACACUGCUUGAGCAACAAUACUCAUUUAAAAAUAAAAAGACAAAAAAACUUUCCUAUGGAACAGUAAGUGCAAUGUGCUUUGUUUUUAUAUUGACUGAGAACAAAUGAUAUAUAUUUUUAAAAAAAUAAAAGAAAAGAAAUGUCAACACUGAAAUGGUUUGCGGAUUUGUGAAAGGAGCCUCUGUUCAGGCAAACGCCUCCAAACGAACAGACUCCUUGAGAAAUCGAAGAACGAGAGCUCUGAUCUUUAAACCUCCAUGAUCACCUCCUCAGUCCCUAAUUUGUGCUCUGACCAUGCAAGCUCAAAGUGCAUCAUUGGCUGACCUAAAACAAAAUUUGAAAAAAGGAAUACUGUCGAAUAUAACAUCAGUUUUAGCCCAUGUCAAUUUCAAAUAUCAUUUUCUUGUAAUUUAUUAAUUUCAUUUUACAUAUCAAGACUCACUUGUUAAAUUAGUGUAUUUGUGUUGUUGAUGUUGCCAUAGAGAACACACAUGGGUCAAAGAUUACGUUCGGUUGCAUCGAUUGGGUAACAAGUUUGUUCUUUUUCUUCCAUUUAUUAGUUGCAGUUUUUACAGUGUAUGCAGAUUUUAGACUUAGUUAGAUUUUUUUUGUUUCAGUUUUGUUUCAAUCAAACUGUGUUCAAUUGUGUUUGUAAAGUCUGUGGUAGCUUUUGUUGCAACAUAAAAUAAUUUAAACAAAAAAUUUCAAAAUAGCGCCAACAAACUUGUAUUAUUUGGGCGACUUUAAGCUUGUAGUUUUAACUUAUUAACUUAAAAACUAUUUAUUAUUAUUAUUAUUAUUAUUAUUAUUCUUGCCUCGUGUAAAGUAUGUUUUGUGUAUAUUUAUGGUUUAUUUCCUUAUAUUUGCAAGUUUUAAAGAUUUUAAGUUUGCCAAAAUUGUGGUAACACCAUUUUUUUCUGUUUCUUAAAAAGGGGGACAAAUAGAAAAAAACAGCUUUAGAAGUACGAUUUGGAAAUGUUCUCCAUAGUCAAAGAAUGCACUGCUAUAUUUAACUAAUUGAAGUGUAUAAACAUACAUGCUGUGUGCUAGAUGUUAUGCCUUUACUGCCUGUGUUCUGUUUGUCUUGUUAAAUGAAAAUCUUUUAAUUA